CUCGUGAUCCAUUGUCACCAUGCCCCUGCUGUGCCCGCUGCUGCUGGCUUUAGCCCUGGUGGCUGUCCCUGGUGCCCAUGGCACUUGCCCGGUGCCCGCAGACCUGAAGAAGUCAGAUGGGACGCGCACGUGCGCCAAGCUCUAUGACAAGAGUGAUCCGUACUAUGACAACUGCUGCCAGGGCCCCGAGCUGUCUGUGGAGCCAGGCACCGACCUGCCCUACCUGCCCUCGGACUGGUCUAACACUGCAUCGUCUCUGGUAGUGGCCCAGCGCUGCGAGCUCACUGUGUGGUCUCUCCCCGGUAAGCGUGGCAAGACACGCAAGUUCUCUGCUGGUACCUACCCUCGCCUGGAAGAGUACCGCAGAGGCAUCUUCGGAGACUGGUCCAACGCCAUCUCUGGUCUCUACUGCAAGUGCAAUUGAUGCCGUGAGGGUCAUCUCUAGUUCCGCGCAGUGCUGAGCCCUUCCCAGCCUGACCUUGGGGAUUGCUGUGGCCCCAAGAGACAGGAGGCGACAUGGCCCCACUGCCUGCUCUCAUAGCUCCCUUAUAAUACAGCCCUUGCGAAGUUACAA